AGAGAGAGAGAGAGAGAGAGAGAGAGAGAGAGAGAGAGGCGCGACGAGGACAAUAUAGAAUAGGGAAACCAAAGCCCUUGUGACUUGUUCCGUUCGUGCGCGCGAUCAGAGGACGGUAAGACAGAUAGGUACAUACUCCUUUCACCAGGACUAACCAGCCACAUGGUAAAACAAAGCGCGUUUUGUGAGAUCAAUCAGUAUGUGAAUUCAACGAAUUUUUCUGUUUUGGAUUCUUUGUGAAACGAAAAUAGGAUCAGAGCUAGGGAGGAGACAAAGUGACAACGUUACUUUUUGGAGCGGAGCUACUUUGCAUUCAUUUCUACUUCUACACGGAGGCGAACUGAAAACCCACCUUGUCUCGUCUGGUGCUCAGCUUUCUGUGAGCUCGGUGUGGUUUUAUUUUUAAAAAGCAGUUUCCUAACAGCACACGGCCGCUGCUGCUGUUGUAAACACACCUAACUCACUGGUGUGUUGUUGUUACAUCAGAAAUAGUACCCACUAUUUCUCGCUGAAAGUUCACCUGACUUACAGCGUGCGUUGUUGUCGUCGGACCAGCGUUUAAAAUUGACAAUGUCUUUUCUUAUGGGAAGCAAGGGGAAAGAGAAAGAGAAAGACCAGGACCCGUUCGCCAAGAAGUCUCAGUUCUACGUGGAGUUUCUAGGAUGGAUGGAGUGCCGCGGGGUUCGGGGGGCGAGGUACACAGACCCUGUCAUCAGAGAGUUACGGCGUCGGCAGCAGAAGAAGGACAAGCCGCCAAAACUGACCAUUCAGGUAAGAGAAAACUUUACAUACAUGCGUUCAUACGUACAGUUUGUUGAGAUUCAGUUUUACCUUGUGCUAGGAACCCACGGGGUCUUUGAUAGCUCAGUAUUAUGCCAUCUUGGAGAACAAUGUGGAUGGUCCUGGUUCGAUUUGUUUGACGAGGCCACCACCGCGGCAACAUUCGCACGCCAGAUCUCCACGCUGGUGGACUCAAACAAGGACCACAUCCGUGACGUAGAGAUCGACCUGGCUAACCGCGGCGAGAUCGAAGACCCUCGCCUGUCCUCCUCCGACGGUCUCAGCGAGCAACACACCACAGACUCCGCCGUGGGUUCUGCCUCUAGCGCCUACAGUGACGAGGAACCGCCAACGUCAGGAAGUGACGACAUUGACCCUGACCUUCAGAGCCUCCACGAGGUCAUGGCCUUUGACAAUGUGGCGGACGAGCUCAAAUUUCGACUGCAGAUGGCAGAUAAACCUCUUCUGCUUCCGCCGAAAGAUUACGACACGAUCAGCCGAGCUCACGGAAACCUGGAGCAUAUCAACAGGCGGAGAUGUCUCAAUCUGCAGGUCGUAGGCGACUGGGCCUCUGAAAAGAAGGAACGAAACGGUUCCAGUGAGAGCGGGGUGGAUCUUACAUCACCCACGAGUGACGGCCCGGAUGGGUCUAGCGUCACUUCUGGUGGCGACCCGGCUUCCCCCAGCAUGCAACGGCAUCACCACAACAACCACCAAAACAACAUCCAGCAUCUGCAACAACAACAACAACCACAGGCACACCAGUUCCACCCACAACAGACGCCUAUUCCCUUCUCAGAUUUCGUUGACCAUGGCAACAACCACCCCGUCCACGUUAUGGGAGGAGGUCACCAGCGAGGGGACUCUAUCGGCCGUGGUAGCUCUCAUCACAGCAGCCACCACUCCGGGAGUCGGUCAGCGUCCCCGGAGAUGCCUGUCGAUCAAGGAGUGUACCCGCCCAGAGCUAAGCACAGCCCACCCAUGAGCCCUAGCGUGGGCCACGCCUACCCGGUCCAGCGCCCCCAUCACCUGUCUCGCCAGAGCUCCAGCAACAGCUUCAACAGCCAUCACUCAAGCGAGGGAGCCCCGCCCACUGCCAGAAAUAAUGGAACAAUCUACUACAAAGGCGGCUCCAGCAACGAUAUCUACGCUCUGCCCGCUAAGGGGAAAUACCUCCCUAACGGAAACGUGUCGCCGAGAGACAUUCCCCCUGCUGACUACCUGGACGACGAAGAAGAGGAAGUCCUGAUGAGAGGAGGGCCUGGACCGAGGUACCACCAACCAAACCUCACGCGCAGCAUGCCGGCGGAUCUGAUUCGCAGCGAGAUGGCUCUUGGCUCACGAUCCCCGAGAAACAGCGGAGACAUGAGGUACCUCCGGAGAACAGACUCCCCGACCUUUGUGGGCGGACCCCAACAGUUUGGUAACCCUGGCAACUACUCACCAACGAUCAAAAGAGUCGGCUCGGGGAAGAGGUAGGGGUAUCAAAGACAGAAGAAUACAAUUGUUGCCUUAGCCAUCUUGGCUGUGUACAAUACACUGAACAUUUACGACAACACGGUACCUACAGUGUGACAAUGUCGUGGCGACAGUAUAGACUGGAUAUCCAUUGUGUUACAAACA